AUGUUCUCGCAGAUAAUAAAGGACUAUGAUAUUUUUAUUUUUACAAUCAUAUUGUUUGUGGAAGUAGUAAUGGGGAUCUUAGGAAAUGGAUUCAUAGCAGUAGUGAAUAUCCUGGACUGGACCAAGAGAAGAAGGAUUUCUUCAGUGGAUCAGAUUCUUGCUGCCUUGGCCUUUGCCAGACUCCUCUAUGUGUGGUAUAUGCUCAUUUGUAUAUUGUUAUUCAUACUGUCCCCACAUUUUUUUAUGCGGUCAGAAAUACUUAAAUCAGUGGGCAUUAUCUGGGUAGUGAACAACCAUUUCAGCAUCUGGCUUGCUACAUGCCUUGGUGUCUUUUAUUUUCUCAAGAUUGCCAAUUUUUCUAACUCUUUUUUUCUCUACCUAAAGUGGAGAGUUAAAAAGGUGGUUUUAAUGAUAAUACUGGUAUCACUGAUUUUCUUGCCUUUAAAUAUCUUAUCUUUAGGUAUCUAUGAUCAGUUAUCAAUUGAGGUUUAUGAAGGAAAUAUGUCUUAUAGUUUGUGGGAUUCACCACAAUUUCCCAGAAUUUUCUUAUUCACCAACUCAUCCAAAGUUUUGUUAAUCAUCACCUCAUCUCAUAUUUUGUUACCCAUCAACUCCCUGUUCAUGCUCAUACCCUUCUCAGUGUCCCUGGUAGCUUUUCUCAUGCUCAUCUACUCACUGUGGAAGCAUCAAAAGAAGAUGCAGGUCAGUGCCAAACGACCUAGAGAUGCCAGCACCAUGGCCCACAUGAAAGCCUUGCAAAUUGGGUUCUCUUUCCUACUGCUGUAUGCAAUAUACUUACUUUUUAUUAUAAUAGGAAUGUUGAGCCUUGGGGUUUUGGGGGGGAAAUUAAUACUUUUAUUUGACCACAUUUCUGGAAUAGUUUUUCCUAUAAGCCACUCAUUUGUGCUGAUUCUUGGAAACAGUAAGCUGAGACAAGCCGCUCUUUCUGUACUGUCUUGUCUGAGUUGCCGGUCUAAAGAUAUGGACACCAUGAGUCCCUCAUAA